GGGUUUAGCAGCAUUGUGUUGAAAUCACAGACUGUAGAAACCGCGUGGCUAUCAGUCUGUGUUUGUUGGACUGGUUGAGAAGUUUACCACCAAAGCACCAGCACGACGGAUCUGCCUCUACAUUAUGAACAAUGGAAACUUACAGCAAAUCACCCGUCACACUUCUGAAGGUUAUUUUCAUGACAUUACUCCCAGUUCUUGAAGCAGAAGAAGUCAAAGUGACGGGUUACAUCGGGCAUGAUGUCACCCUGCCAUGCCAAUUCAUCCCACGACCAAAUGAUACGAUUACUCAGGUUCAGUGGGAGUUCGAACCACCAGACGGAGAGAAAAUCAACAUUAUUGUUUCUAGUAGUAUACAUGGAGCUACUGUUAAUGAAUCGUUUCUAAAGGGGAGAGUGGAGAUUGAAGAACAAUCUUUGAUAAUUCGUGAUGUGGAAUCAAGUGAUGCAGGAUCUUACACCUGGACAAUUUCAUCCUUUCCUCGUGGUGUGUUUGAUGGAACCAUCAAUCUUCUUGUUCAAGAACAGAAGCCGUUGUCAUCAGGGUUGGUGUCUGCUAUAGUGAUUGCUGUCAUUGUGCUGUUGGUGAUCAUGGUAGCACUUAUUUACCUGAUCUUCAUCAGAAGAUGGGAUCCUAGGGUCAGGCAACGCGUCUACGUUGAUACAGGUGGUCCAGUGAGGGAUGUGGCCAGGCCAUCUGUCCUUGUGCGAGACGAGGCUGUGGUCUAUUCUCACGUCAAGCUCAAACAGUCAAGAGACUCUGCCUGCAAGAAACACACAGCGGAUGAUGUCACGUACUCCGAGGUCUUAAUUUUUCGUCAGCAGCCCAAAUGAGAUGAAAUGUACGCCUAAGUGAAGUUGAAGUUCUCCCUAUGCAGAAUGCAAAAAAAAUAACAGCAAGUUGUAUUUAGCACAAUUUUGGUAUAAUUUAGUGAAAUCAGCAGAUCAACCGCUUCUAAAAUAAAACAACCUCUGUGGCUGCUCCAGACCUUCUGUACAUCAGAAUCAGCUUUAUUGUCUGCUCUCAUAUAUUGUUUUCCGAUGGACCUGUUUCCACUGCAGCCUCUCAGCAGGUGAUACAGAAAAAAAGGCAAUGUUACAUUUUCCCCCCCAAGUCUGCAGUGCUUUCAUUAGCUGUGGUAUUCUUAAAAAAAACAAGAGUCUACAGCCAUGCUAUCAGUUCUGUGAUGUUGUACUUUGAGCUAAAUGCUAACAUCGGCAUGCUAACAAUGACAAUGCUAGCAUGUUGAUGUCUAGCAGGUUUACCGUCUUCAUUGUUUUGGUUUAACAUGUUAGCAUGCAAAAUUCGCUAAUUAUCAUUAAACACAAAACACAGCUGAGGAUUGUUGGAAAAUAAGUAAAUGAAAAAGUCAGGAGAUCAAAGUUAUUCCAAUACAUCCUCUGGGAACCAUGAUUGCACAGCAAUUCCUCUGGAAAUCAUUGAGAUAUUACUUUAAAGAACUAAAAAGUUAACCCCAUUUUGGCGCUAAAGGGAAAGUAAAAAGAUUAUGAAACUGGAUAUUUGUACCAAAUUUCAUAUCAAUCCAGAUGGUGAGAUAUUUGACAUGAUAAGUGUAGGAAAAGUCAGAGGUUCACAAGAGUAUCCUCUAGGGACUUUGAAUAUCUCUUCUAAAUUUAAUGACAACUCUGAGCCAUAAAAUUCAACCUUGUAGCUCUAUAAUUAAAAGUCAAGAGUUCAAAAUCUAAUCACAAUACAUCGUUAUAGGACUCCAGAAAUAUCAGUUUGGAACAAAGUGCUGCAGGUCUACAUAUUAACGGAUGGACAUGUUUGGUGCCAUCGGGUUCAUUUUUUAUUGCCACUCAACAGCUCUCAACAUGGCGACGGCUGAGCCAAGCUAAUGCUGCUAACAGCGCAAACUACAGCAAAAAGGCUGACAGAGCCAACAACUGGAGGGUGGGCACGACAUUUCUGCACUGAGGCAGACGGUCAGGACGGCAUUACCAGCUGUCACUGCCGUAUGAGAGCAUUGCAGAGCGGCAGCCAUUAGCUAGCUGGUGGGCUCGCUCAUAUGCACAAACACGCACCAACACGCACUAAAAGAAUGCGUGCCUGGACCAGCUAUGUCAAAAAAGCAAAUAGGUAAUUCGGAUUACAAGACACAGGGGGAGAGCAAAUACACUCUGCUCAAGUAGACAUUACUCCACUACAUCUAUAAAUCGAUAAUAGUUGUUUGCUGCUAUACUAAUGCACUGAAUGCCGUAUAUUGCAGGAAGGAAUAGUGGAAACUUUCACACCUCCAACACAUUAUCAAGUUUAACUUAUAAAAGCUAUGCUCGACAGAGGAAAACCCCUUAUUCAUGCCAACAUGGCUAAGUGGUCACAAUAGAUCUAAUUACACAAAGUUCCUGUUCCUCCAUUGUUUUAAAAAAAAAGGAAGAACACAAACAAAAAAGGAAGUCAAAAAUUAAAUCAGUAGGGAACCGACUUAACAAUGCAACACCAGUGUAGCGUGAGCUGAAGCUGCUUAUGGACUUUUAAGGUUGCUCAAUUUCUGCAAUAUAAUUAACUUUCUAGAUUGUCAUCUUAUUGUGAUUUAACUAAGUUGGACUUCAUGAUGUGUAGACACUGAUGUACCUCUUUACAAGAUUUAUGAGUCAGAGAGGAAGGCUGGAGUUGUUGUGGUUUUACUUACAAAUUCUUCCUUAUUCUUUCCUAACCCUGCCUAUUUCUUUAAACUUGUCUGCAGCAGCUUUGAACCAAAAACAAUAAUUGCAUAUUGUGAUGCUCCAGCAGCAAGGAUACUGGUAAUAGUUGUAGUAGUAUUUUCACCUGAUGCAGUAUUCUGUCUGCCUUAAGUCUGUUGCGCAGAACAUUGUUCCAAGUCAGUCCUGUUUGCAGAUGUUGCAGUCUGAGUGCGCCUUAAGUAAAAAGGUGACAAAAAAUGGUUUGUACAGCUGCUGUUGUAAUGCACACAUCACUGAACUUCACCAACAGUCGUUUUCUGUUGCCAGUUUAAAAGCGGCAUUUCCUGACUGUGGCGUUUUGUGGGUGUGAAAUUAUGUCUGCUAUGUAGUUACACCCACUUGUUCCUUUUAGUUUAAUAAAAAACAAUGCUUGUAACGUUGAUGUAAAUCUGUGUAAUGCAUAUGAGAUAUUUUAGUCAAUUUACUUGUUUAUCAAAUCAUGCAGACAGAUAAACUGUAAAAAAUCUCUAUUUUUAAAAACAGGCUACUGUUGCUGAAUAAACGUGUACA